AUGGAUGAUCCGAGGUAUAUCAAAGAAAAAGAAGAGGACUUACUCACCGAGGAAUCUGGAGAUGAGUUGAAUGAUUUGGUCAAAGAGUUCGAAGCGAAGUAUAACGAAAUACAGAAGAGAAAGAAAGCGAGGCAUGACAAUGAACCAGAAGCCAUCAAGAAAGCACCAGCAAGGACGCGUUCUGUCCAGCUGCAAAAGGGAGACAUGGAGAUAUUAAAGGAAGCCCUCACCAGCAAGGAAUCCGUUCCUAAACCCAAAGAAGCAGUUACCGGGGUAGCAUCCUCGUUCGUGAAAAAGUUGUACCAAACCAACUACAAUGAAACAGCCCAGAAGUAUCAGCGGAUAGACUAUUCCAAGCGGAAGUUUGCUUUUGAAGGAAUAGAAGACUUUCAAAGAGGCGAUAUAGCAUGCGACGAGUUAGAUACAAUCUCAGGGCAGUAUUUGCGAAAGCGAUAUAUCGACCGGCCUGCCUUGAAGUCAUUGAUACAUCAGACAGACCCAGAAUUGAAAUUCUUGAAGAUCGAUAAGCUUUUUGCCAAGGUCAACAAGGGUAACAACUAUCAGGAGCCAAUGUACAAUAACUGGUGUUUUGCAGGCAUUGUGCUCAAAAAGUCCGAUCCAAAGAAUACUAAAGAUAACAGGAAGUUUAUGAAGCUUUCUGUGGGAGACUUUCAAAGAUCGGUAGAAUUGAUGCUCUUCAACGAAGCUUUUAAUCAAUACUGGAAACUUAAGGUGGGGGAUAUCAUUAUUAUACUAAAUCCAAUGAUCAACAAGUAUCAGUUCGACUUCGGUGAGGGCAACUCCAAGUCCGGCUUUACCUUAAAGUUGGACGAUCAUGGCUUGAACUCGAUACUUGAAUUGGGUGCAACAAGGGACUUUGGUAUUUGUUCCUAUGUGAGUAGGAAAGACGAUAAACGAUGUCAAGAAGUUAUCAACAAAACGAAGACCGAACUCUGUGAGUUUCAUUUGGAACUCAAGUUCAAAAGUGGACUGAAUAAGAGGAUGGAACUCAAUGGAAGCGUUCACAUGAAAUCCCCAAAGAGAGGAAAGCUGUCAGUAUACUUGGGAGAAUCUGGCACUGGCUUUAUGAAAUAUGAAAAAUCAUACAACGAAGACACUAGGGUGUAUCUGAGAGCCAGUGAAUUAUUCAAGAACCCAGACAAGUACCACGAUCCCAAGAUGCUACAAAAUAAUGCAGAAAAGAGACGAAAGAUCAUGGAUGCAAGAGCAAACAAAGCAUUAGAAGACAAGCUUUCGAAGUUAUCGAACCACACAACAUUCAAAACGUUGAAUCUUAUCAAAGAUGAUAAAGUCGAACAAAAUGAUCCCAAUAAAUUAAUGGAGAUCAAAAGCAGGGGAUUUCCAAAUAGUAUGCUCAACAAGAUUGGAUUUGACCCUACCUUCAAUCAUAAGCUAGAGGAGCAGAGUCCCACCAAGAAGAAAGAGAAGUUGGAAAGAGUUAAGGAGCUUUAUGAAUUGAGUUCUCAGAAAGCCAAGGACAGGACCUUGACGCUCUCUGAGCAAGACAAGAAGCUCAGGCAUGACAAGUGGCAAUUAAAUUCUAAAAACUUGAAACAAUACCAGCAAAAAGUGAAUCUGUUGGACAUCAACGGGGGGAUGAAACAGCCGUCUCUCAAAGAGACUAUAUGGAGAAGCCCCCAGUCACGCAAAAACAAGGUGGUUCUAAGUGACGAGGAUUUCAGUGAGAGUGAUAGCGAUAUAGACAUCGAUUUCGAUACUGAGGAAAUGAAACAAGCGUACCAAAAUAGAAUCAAUGGAUCAAAAUAA